UAUAUAAAAAGCAGAAGACGAGUGUCAGACACACAGAAUGGCUGAUAGGAGUCCUCUGUUUCUGCUGCUCAUCUUCUGGACACUCAGCACAGGUGUGUUUGUAGCAGGAGACACUCAUGUGUUCAGCAGUUGUGGAGAAACUGUUCAUCUGCCCUGUAGAAACACUGAUCAGCACUGCAGACCAGGAACUGACUGGGUCUUUAACAGUUACAAACGGUCACCAGCAGUUGAGCUGAUUAGUUUAGGGGUAAAGCAGAGAAACCCAGAGAGACUGAAUCUGGGCUCUGACUGCUCUCUGAACAUCAGUAGAGUCACAACAGAAGAUGCUGGACUUUACAUCUGCACACAGUGGAGAGGAGACCAGAAACAAAGACCUGAUUCAGUUGUGUAUCUGCAUGUUGUUGCUGUUUCAGUCUUUCCACCACUAUCAUCAUCACCUUCACCGGGACUCUUUCUGACAGUCUACUGUCAGCUGUUCUCAUAUACUGCAGACGUCUGUAACCGUUUAGUCAGAUCUGAGGAUCUUCAUCUGUCCUGGGUGGAUGAGGCUGGUGUUGAUCUGAACACAGACUCCAGAUAUCAGAUCUCUUCUACAGGCUGUAUCAUCAGUCUGUCUACAACACUCAUCAGUGAAGAUGAAGAUAAACAGUGGAGAUGUGGAGUCUAUCAGAGAAAUCAACUGAAGACCUCAGACACGUUUACUGUCCACUAUUCAGCUAAAGGUAUCAGAGCUCCAGCAGUGAGUCCAGUUCACCACACAAACUGUGAAGAUCCACAAAGUCCAAACCCAGCAGGAUCUUCUACAGCAGCUAAAGCUGAAGCAGAGACAUUCUGUGUGAUUAAACAGCAGUGACUCCAGCGCUCUUCACAACACCAGCAGCAGCUUCAGCUCAGUCUACACACUCCUCUGCUCUUCUCAUCUACACUUCAACCAUGGAGAAUAUUGCCUGAUUAUGACAGAUCUUUCCCAACCUUCUUGUUCAGUUGUGUAAGUGUGUGUGUGUGUGUGUGUGUGUGCAUCUUA